ACCGGCACACACAGCAGCAGCAGCAGGCGGAGGAGGAGACACCGGAGGACCGACACGCAGAGACAGGAGGGGACACACUGUUUUUCGACGCUUACCAACACGUCCAGGAUCUGUACGGUUCCCUCAAUGAAGGACAGACGGUGCGGCCCGGUGUCSUCCCUGAAGUCCGGCAUGGAUCCGAGCCAGAGCGUGAAGUGUAAGAUCGUGGUGGUGGGGGACAGCCAGUGUGGGAAGACCGCUCUGCUUCACGUGUUCGCCAAGGACUGUUUCCCAGAGAGCUAUGUCCCCACGGUGUUUGAAAACUACACGGCCAGUUUUGAAAUCGACACCCAGAGGAUCGAGCUCAGCCUGUGGGACACCUCAGGAUCCCCCUAUUACGACAAUGUGAGGCCCCUCUCCUAUCCGGACUCCGAUGCUGUCCUCAUCUGUUUUGACAUCAGCAGACCGGAAACCCUUGACAGUGUUUUGAAAAAGUGGAAAGGGGAGAUCCAGGAGUUUUGUCCAAACACUAAGAUGCUUUUAGUUGGCUGCAAAUCAGACCUGCGCACUGAUCUGAGCACGCUAGUGGAGCUGUCCAACCAUCGCCAGACGCCCGUCUCCUACGACCAGGGUUCCAGCAUGGCCAAGCAGAUCUCAGCGCCUUACAUCGAGUGCUCGGCUCAGCAGUCGGAGAACAGCGUCAGGGACAUUUUCCACAUGGCCACACUGGCCUGCAUCAACAAGAACAACAAGAACGUCAAACGCGGCAAGACCGCACGAGCCAACAAGAGGAUUUCACACAUGCCCAGUCGGCCCGACCUGGCAGCCGUCGCCACCGACCUACGGAAGGACAAGGCCAAAAGUUGUUCGGUCAUGUGACUUAUCAGACUGUGAAAAGGGGGCGGGGUCAAACUGAACAAGAGGAUGAUAUUACUGUGGAAGCAGGAAGCUACGGGACAAAGCUCUAUCCUGCAUGCAAAAGACACAUUUUUUUUGGUCUGGAAAGGGGGUUUUAUAAGCUUGAGAUCAUUUUACUGGAAUAUUCUGGACUGCACCAAUAGAGACUCAAUGUGUUGUAGAGUCCCAGUCGUUGUACGCCCCACCUCACCUCACCCCCUCCCCCGAUCCCACCAGACAAGGAAACUAUCAAUCAGCGAGCUACCUGCUCUAGGAAGAGACCGGCUUCCUUUGCGAGGCCGAAGCGGAUGCAGCCGAGUCUUUCCUUGGCAAACGGGAAAUGAGCAGGAGGGGUGAUGUCAUUCCUCACAUGUGAAGGCUUUUCUAGAAUGUGCAAUCUUUUGAAUGAGAGCCAAAGCCGGCGAUUUGGGAGGGUGGAUACAAAAAAAAAAAGAAGAGCUGUUUGUACCGGAUCAACAACUUUUAUUAUUUUGCUCGAAGGGCUCGUACGACAGCUCAUCACUGUGUUUGGAACCGAGUCACGCUCAGACCUGCUCCAGUGACUGUCAGUCUGUCUGCAGAAGAGACCGAACAUGAAGCUCCGUCUCUUGAUCUGUUUGUUGGUGAAAUGUGAAGUUUGCGUGUAAUUGUGUUUUUUUUUUUCUUUUUUUUUUUAGUUAAACCUUUUGUAGAUCUGAUCAUGAAGAGCUGAGUGGCAGAGGCUGAACUCUUAAUCUGUCACUUCAACAACAAAAUAAUUCUAAAAUAAAAAAUACACAUUACCAUCCGGUUGUGUUUGGGAUCAAAAUGACCCAAAUGGCCUCAGUGUUAAUACUUGUAGGUCAUUUUGAUCCAAGGGCAAACAGAGGGUCAAACCAUUAAUAGACACAAAAGCACUACCCUACCCCGGAUAUUUAUUAAUUUUUUUCUUUGUUUAUAUUACAAACUCUGCCCGCGCACUUUUACACAAAAACAGUUUACUGUCCAUACCGCACCACUAGAUGGCGAACAUCCACGGUAACGACAUAAAAUGCAAAGAAUUAUUCUAAGCUUGGCUAAAAAAUUUCUGUGAACAAGUGUUAUUUUUUAGUUUCCUUUCACCUAACCUUUUUUUAGCACAUGGUUAAAAAUCAUUGGUUACCGGAUCAGAAUAACGUAACAACUGUGGGGGAAAAAUGGUCAAAACAUUUCAGUCGACAUUUUAGUUUCAACCUCUUUUUGUCAGAGGAAUAGGUUAAUAUGUCUCAUAUUUCUCAUGGGUUCUGUAACUCGAGUCCAUAUGAAUACACCAACAACAGUUUUUAAAAUCAUCUAAAGCUCAGUUUGUGUUAGGAGCAGUGUUAGAAACGCACUAGAAAAUUCACAUUUAAAAAUAAAAUGGUACAAAAACGACUUAUACGGUGGCCUUAAUGAGGUGAAGAAAUAACAAAAACAAAAAAAAUACCUGAAAAAGUAAAAAGACCUUUCAUAUAACUGGUUGGAAACCAAUUAAAGCCACAAAGACUGUGGAACCAAGUSUUUUGAAUGAAAAUACUGCUCUUGGUUCAGGAUUUAAAAGGUCCUCAGUCCAAAAUAAAGGGUUAACGUUUCUAGCCUUGUUGGGCCACACAAGUUUAAUGCCAAGAAAAAGGCUAAAAUAUGUCUGAAAUAGUUAAAUUUUUAGCUUGUUAGCUAAUAAGCUACUGAUCUGAUAACUUAAAACCUCCCACUAAUAAGCUAAAGUAAAUACAGACAUUUCUCAAAGAAACCUUUUUAAAUGUUACAAAGCAGAGUUGGCUUCUGUUCUGAAAAAAUGUCAAAUGUUUGCAAACAAGGUUUCCAGAGUUAGCACCCUAGCUAACUGGCUGAGGUGCUAACUAUGGGUGUUGGCUAACUCUAACACUAGCUUGUUAGCUAACUAGCUGACUCGAAGGGGUGCUAGCUAACACGUGAUUAGCCCUCAGCUCUCUGCCCAUUUCAGCCACACAGUGCCGUUUUCUUCUCUGAUUAACUAAAUUUAAAGUAUUCAAAUKGAUAUUUUUCUGCCUGAUUUGAAAGUUUUAGGUCAUUCCAAAUGUUAAAGGAUUUAUGUGUUGUUUAAAUUAUAGCAUGUUACAAUGUAAACAAUGGGUAGCCUUGGGAGAAAAUUACUUUUAAGAGUGUUUUUUUUUUUUUGUUGUUGCUUCAAAACAUGGUGCAGAUUAAUUUAAAUGUCAAAAUUUAGAAAUGCACUUUUCUACAAAUUUACCAUUGAGCUCAGCAACUGGUUUAUUCAGCUGCCGGAGCAUUUGGCAUUGCGGUGCCCCAGCUCCUGCCUACAUUUUGUAAAUGUGUUAUUUUUGCCGUGUGUUGACUCGUCUGUUCUUGAAUGUUGAUGUCAUCUUCAAAAUGUCUUUGCCAAUGUUGUUGCAACAAUAUUUAUUGAAUUAUAUAUUUUUUUCCGUUUAGAAUAAAUGCAUAAAAAA